GAGACCAUAGAAAUAUCCAGGUAAAGAUAGUAUCAUUAAUUUUAUCACUCAUGUUAUUAAAAUUAAAUGAAAAAUUAAAUGAAAAUUAAAGAGAUAAGGAUGCACUAUUAGAUAAGAAUUACACAUGUAAAAACAUGGAAGUGAAAACGUGGUUUAACUUUCUACACAAAUGGGAGUGAAAAUGUGGUCUCCUAGUUGUCCUUACAAAUCAUCCAAACUCCCCUAUAAAUAGCAACCAUCACCCUCACCAGUUCUUCACACCAGCUCUGCUCUCCCUCUCUGCAUACAAUUGAAGUGAUGUUGGAGUUCAACGACGUAAUUUAUCAAGAGAUUAUGGAAAGCUUCGAGAUAUAUAUUCCUAUGGAGGAUUCAUGUGGCCAUUGGUUUAUGAUGGUAAUUCAUCUUGAAAAAAGUAAGAUAUUCCAUCUUGAUUCAUUCUUGGUUGACGACAAAACUGAAGGCAGGCGCCAACAAAUUAGGAAAAUUGCAAUUGUUCUUUCAAGUCUGCUUUUGCUCAUAUACAAAGCGGACACGUCAUUUUGUUUAUUGCCGGACUUUGAAAAAUGGGAGAUUGUUGAGCCUAGGGGGAUACCAAAUGUUGGCAAUAGCGAAAAUUCUGGGUUGUGGGUGGCGGAAUGGUUGAACAUGGAACAAUCGUUCAACGAGCAAAUGACAGGAGUGCUUGACGAUCGGACUGUGAGGAUGAAAAUCGCGUUGAGGUUGUUAACGGGUCCCCACAAUGGUCUCCGUCGAGUGUUGGAGAUGAAAGCAGCUGACUAUUGGAAUAUGCAUACAGAUAACACACCAUAAUCAAGUUUAAAUGGAAGUUUGCUUGCGAAUUCACAACUGUUUAAUGCCUUUUGUAGUGUUUUGAUGGUUAUGUUGUUUAUUUUGGAAGGGCAUUCAAUGAAGGCUAAACGUGAUCCUCAUGUAGGUGAUUGCUGGAAAAAAACCUGUUUUUUAGUUAUCAGAUUAGGAAAAAAAAAUAAUGUUGAUUAGUUUUCCAGCUUAUGAUUUGGUUGAUCUAUUAUUUUCUAUGUUUAUCUAGGUACUAAGGUUAUAUUUUGAUCAGUAAAACUGCCUUAACUUUGUAUCAUUUAUGAAUACUACUUAUUCAUGGAUUAUGCAUAUAUGUGACAUUAUGUUUAUGCAUUUGUAAUUGUACUUGUAUCACUCGAACCUGUUCUUAAUGUGAUAGCUUCUUCUAA